GUUUCGUUUCCGAUUGACCUAUUUAGCUUCUCACAGUAGCAUCACUCAAUAAUCUUUAUGUGUAACAAUGGAAUUGGCCGUCCCCAGCUUUGCACUUUGCCUUUUUUGACGGCUAGUUCCUGAUUUCUCACCCAAGAAGCGAUACAAAACUAAGGAGCGUUUCCAGCUGUAAGCUUUUUAGCUAACUGGACUAUCUGUUGUUAGCCACUUUGAUUUAGCUGGACUGGCUGCGUUUACAAUGAGCUGUCAAGUGUUGGCUGCGUUGUAAUUUGUCUGUGUGCGUCGGGCUGUUUGUAUUAGCUGGCGGGUUCUGAACGAUUGCUGGCCAGUUAACGCUUACACAUUUAGCUAUCUUAGCUUAGCUAGGUUCGGCCUUUCAGGUCCCUUGGAUGUUCAGUGCGUCGGGAAGUGACUCUUCAGCCCCAUGUCUGCUGAGGCUUCAGUUGGCAGUCACACUGCCGACUCUGCCCAGUCUGCUGUUUCCCAGCCUGCCUGCCACAGCACGGAUGAGCACAGAAAUCGGGGUCUGCUGGGGAGCAAGUAUGUCAAGUUAAAUGUCGGUGGCUCGCUGCAUUAUACGACUGUCCAGACAUUAAGCAAGGAAGACAGUCUGCUGCGGAGCAUAUGCAAUGGAGGAACAGAGGUCACCAUAGACUCAGAAGGUUGGGUCGUUUUGGAUAGGUGUGGCCGACAUUUUGGGCUGGUUUUGAACUUCCUGCGAGAUGGCUCGGUACCACUUCCAGAGGACCACAGAGAACUGGAUGAGGUCCUGAAGGAGGCCCAGUACUAUCGGGUCCAAGGACUCGUCCAGCAUUGCCUCAGUGCCAUGCAGAAACAAAAGGAUGUCUUUGAAAGUGUGUGCCGCAUCCCCAUGAUCACUUCAGCCAAAGAAGAACAGAAGAUGAUUGCUACUUGUAGAAAGCCGGUGGUAAAAUUACAGAACAACAGAGGAAACAACAAAUACUCUUACACAAGCAACUCUGAUGAUAACCUGCUGAAGAACAUUGAACUGUUUGACAAACUUGUGCUACGGUUUAAUGGCCGGGUCCUGUUUGUCAAAGAUGUGCUUGGGGAUGAGAUCUGCUGUUGGUCUUUCUAUGGUGAAGGCCGCAAGAUUGCUGAAGUAUGCUGCACCUCUAUUGUCUAUGCUACAGAGAAGAAGCAGACCAAAGUUGAGUUUCCUGAGGCUCGAAUCUUUGAAGAAACCCUCAAUAUCCUCAUCUAUGAGAACAGCCGAGGAUCUGGUCCAGGAGGCUUACACCUUUUAGAUUCAAGAGGCUCAGGAUCAUCGCUGGGAGCUGGCCAGUCAGAGGAAGAGGGAGCUGUGGGAGGGGACAGACGAGUAAGAAGGAUCCACGUGAGGAGGCAUAUAAUGCAUGACGAAAGAGGGCACGGUCAGCAAACAGUGUAUAAGGACUAAUAAUGUGAAAACAUAAGUUAACAGGAGAGUUACUUGAUGUAAGUUUGUUUUUUGUUGAAUGCUAGCAGAAUGAAAGAGACGUCCUUGAUCAUAGCAAUAGCUAGGUAUUUGGUUAUUUCAUUAAAUGUCUUUAGAUGUCACUGCAGAAAUGUAGGGGUUGAUGACUGAUUUGCAACUGAAGUAAGAGUCGUUUGGAGAUGAAAAAUGCUUCUGUUUACAAGAAAACAAAUUGUGUACAUUAUUUAAAUAGGAAAUGUGUAAAAUUACCUGGGACACGAAACUGGCAUGAAUAUUACUUUGCAAAUAUUAAGGAACCUCCUGAAAGUUACCGAAUUCACUCCGAAGGUGGAUUUUACUCCUUGAUUAGAGAGCCUACUGUUCACGUAGGUGUUAAGGAUAUGCACUGGCAGCCUCUUCUGUGUUUGACUUGCAGGAAACACUGUGUCAGUCAGUUUAUUCAGGUUGUGAAACAUCUGUUGCCUUUUCAUGAGUUGAACUGAGAUGCUGCCGGACAGUGGUGAAUAGAGGAUGGUGAAGUGUAGCUUAGAUAUUUUAACACUGGAAUAAAACUGAGUAGCCAUUUUAGUGAGGUUGUCCAUGAAUGAGAUUGUUGAGCAGCUCAAUUUUCUUUAUUUAAAUGUUUACUGCUGUUGCUUCAAGAUGUUUUUUAUUAAUUAAUUUAUGAACCUAAUUUAUUGUUUGGUAUUUAACUUUUGUAUUAUAUGCAAUCUUUGUGUUAAUUAGCUCUCAACUGAGUUUUAAUUUUUGGAGUGAUAUAAUGCACUCUAUAGCACAUGUCAAAUUUGACCUUUUCUCCUGUAAAUGACUAAAACUUACAUUUCAGUUCUGUGUUUCAAGAGGAACAGAGACCAUUUCUUUGAUAUUGUAUUUCAUUCUGAGCCAUGAUUUUUCACCUGCGCUUUAUGUCUUAUACCAAACCACUGAAAUUUGGUCAAAGUAAUGGGCCAUACAUCGAUGAUUAAAUCAAUUAAUGUUGGGUUGUAUUUUUUAUUUCCCUCAGGGAGAGGAGAAGUAUUUUCUUUCUAAUAUUCACUGGUGUCUUUUGCAAACCAAAUCACUCUGAAUACUGAAAAAAUAUUGAAUGAGAGCAAUAUGUGUCUCAGACCCUUUAUAAAAUCACCUUGGAAUACCUUAAAAUAUGCACUAAUGUAACUUCCGUCCAAUAGUGGUCAUGGGAAUGUUCUGAAUAAAUUACUUAUGAAAGCUUC